GCUCUGCCAUACCGCUUCUACUUUUCAUGACAUACAAGCGUCUUUGAAAUGGAACGGUGGUUGGUCUCGUGCAGUAGACUGAUUCAAGCCUUGGAAGCCAGCAGCUUUGUUCAAUAAGAAACAUGAACUCAGUUUGUCCUACGACGCGGGGUGUCCUGUUUUGUUUACUUUUGCUUCUGAGACUCCACGGUUUGACAGAAAUGCUGACAGUAGACUUUGGUUUCUUAGCAUUGUGUGUCAACUCGUCUGAAGCGACACAUCAUGUGAAGCGAAACUAAACUUGGAGAGGUGGAAACUCGAUCGUCAGUCUUGUCUGACCAAAAGAUACCAAGCGUCAACGGCAAAUACGAGCGAGCUUAAAAACGGCAGCAGCAGAUGUGGGUGACACUUCUACAUCCUCCAAAAGGAUGGAGCUAGCAUCGGCUCACCCGGCUCUCAAAGCCUUCAUGUGUGGCUCUCUCAGUGGCACCUGCUCGACGCUGCUCUUUCAGCCUUUGGAUCUUGUCAAGACGCGAUUGCAGACCCUGCAGAACAAUGCCAAGCCUGGGUCUCCAAAAGUGGGCAUGUUCGCAGUCUUCAUCAAUGUCAUUAAAACAGAGAACUUCUUCAGUCUCUGGAAAGGUGUUACACCGUCAUUUGUGCGCUGCAUUCCUGGUGUGGGAAUCUACUUCAGUACUUUCUACUCACUAAAGCAACACUUCUUCCUGGACCGAGCGCCCAACGCUGGUGAGGCCGUCCUGCUCGGUGCAGGGGCCCGGGCCGUGGCUGGAGUCUGCAUGCUGCCCUUCACUGUCAUCAAAACUCGCUUUGAGAGUGGCUGCUACAAUUACUCCAGUGUUGCCGGAGCGCUCAGCAGUGUUUACAAGACAGAGGGAGUCAGAGCUCUGUUCUCUGGGCUGACGGCCACCCUGCUCAGAGACGCCCCCUUCUCUGGGAUCUACGUCAUGUUCUACAGCCAGGCCAAGAGGGCGCUGCCUCAAGAGGUGACCUCCACAGUCUACGUCCCUCUGGUGAAUUUUAGCUGUGGCGUGGUGGCAGGCGUCCUGGCAUCGCUGGCCACUCAACCUGCUGACGUAUUGAAGACUCACAUUCAAGUCCGGCCGUCGCACUGCAGCACUGCAGACGCUUUUCGCUACAUCUACAGGGAACAUGGCCUGAAGGGUUUUUUUCGUGGGGCUGUGCCCAGAUCUCUGCGGCGCACUCUGAUGGCCGCGAUGGCCUGGACUGUUUAUGAACAGCUGAUGGCUCGAAUGGGACUGAAAUCCUGAGUGGUGAUGAACAAAUGGAUGGGAUGGGAUGUGAUGGUGAUGCCUGAAACUAAGCAGCUGAAAGAACAAUGCAUAUCCAGUGCUUGUGCGUCUCCGUCAAUGUGUCUUGGAUCUGAAGUGUGUGAGUCUUUGACUUCCCCUCUGUUUUGUGUGAUUGUUCAUGAUCCGUCUGCUCUCUGAUGUGAAGUGAAAUGUUUUUGCUUUAUGCCCUUUUGCUGUGUUUCCAAAGCUCCUGGGCAGCACUGUGGAUUUGACCUAGAGAGUUAUCAGGACAGACUGAGGAGACUCCAAACAUCUGCUGGAAAACCCUGCAGAAACAGUAGUCAUAGUUUUUUUUUUACAAUGUUUUUUGUCAAAUGACUUUCGUAUAUGCCUUAGACAAUCACACUUUUGCUGCCCGCUGAACAAUGCCAACAUGAGUCAUAUUGAGAAUGACCUACUGAAACCUUCUUUAACUCAAGCAUAUCAAGUUUUUAAAUAUUUAUACAUUUUCAAAAUGAAAAACUUUUCUUUAGUUUAGAGGUUUUUUUGUGAUCAGCUCUUCUUCUUUGGUCCUGAAUUAAAUCCAUGCUGUGGUCAAGAGCUUUUCAGAAGCAAUAGUUUCUCAUAGUCUGUUACUGAGAUUUGUUUCAGAUUUAUACAAGUACAUUGAAAUUAAAUUGUUUAUUUUUGCACAACUAGAGUAUGUUAGGUAUCAGCCCUGAAGAGAGAGUUGGCUGGAUUUGUGACCAAGACAUUGGUUACUAUAUGGAUUUUUGCUGAUGGUACCAUUAUCUGUAACUUCUAUUGUGGAUUUCUUUGUUAUUUAUUGUUGAUAAUGUCAAUGCACUAUAUCAAAUCUAGGGUGAUAUAGAGAGGAGGUGAUCUGAAGAAACCACACUCCUUCAGCAAAAAAAAAAAAAGAGUUUGUAUUCUGUUGUCUUAUGACAUGAGGGUACUCCAAACUGGAUGCAAACGUUCAAACAUGUUGUAAUAUCCUCUAAGUGCUUUCUCAUGUAUGUGUUCAGUAUUUAACUGGAGUAACGUGCAGUGCCAUUACACCUGUUAGCUAGUAGAGAACCUUGUCACACCGGUAACCCUCAUUGGCACACACGUGAUGUUGGAUCGUCGUCUGUGUUGUUCCUGCUGUUUCUUUCUUAUUUUUUUCCAAUAGCCUGUGCGUGCCUGUGCUUAGAUACCAGGUCAGUUUUUGAACAUUCGUGCACUCGUCUGUUGUUCUGAGCAGGGUUGUGGUGCAGCUUGGUUCAACUGAUGUCAAUAAAUAUGGUUUGAUCUACA